AUGGCUAAAUAUUUGCACCGUAUUCAAGAAGCAAGAGAUCUUCUUUGUGUCGUAGGUGUGAGUGUCGAUGAUAAAGACAUUGUGAUUCUUGCUUUAAAUGGGUACCAGCAGCCAACUGUUGCAAAGUUCCCAAUAUGGCCAGCUCCCAAUAUUAAAGUAUCUGUUGAAAAGGAAGCCAAUGAGUCCUCUUUUUUAGAGAGUGCUUCAAGUGUCUUCUCUUCUGAAACUUUCUUGAUGGUUUCUCGCAAUACUGAUUUAGGUCCACCAAGACACAUAUUUGGUCUAGACGAAUUUUUUUUGGCACCUUCUAUGGCUCGUCUUCAAUCUACCAACACUCUAUCUGACUUCUACAUUGAUUCAACAGCCACUUUAUGUGCCCUUAAGGGUUUUGUUGUUCUUGCAAAUGGGGAUGACACUUAUUAG